AUGGCUUGCCACAUUAACUGGGCAGCAAAUAGUGCGCGCGUGAGUGCUCCACGUGUAGAUGCUUCACGAGCACUUCGUGCGAAAUUCGCGGCCAACACCCUCAAAUUCGCGGCCAACGAGGGUGCUCAUAUCAGAGCUGAUGCAGAGAUACAAAAGUCCCUAAAUUUCGAGAUUUUGACUGUUUCCAAAGUUGACCAUGGUAUGGUAAACUUGAAUAUGGAGCUAUAUAAUCCGUGCUGA